AUGGAUCCGAAGCCGGGCGGCGGCGAAGAGGAUGACUGCGUGGACUCGGGCGCGGAGACCGGAGGGUCUGACUACAGCCACAAAUCCUCAACCAGCAGCGAAGUUUCCGUGGAAGAAACACAGGACCCUUUUCUGGUCAGCAUCCAUAUCAUCGCGGACCCUGGAGCAUCUCAGCCGCUGCAGCAGGCCAUCGACAAGGUCUUGGCUUGGAUCCACCCAGACUUGCAGCUGUUUCGGGUCUCCGAGAGAAGGGCCAACCGGAGGCGACGGAAGGGCCUCAAGGCAGCAGCGCAGCCCGCACUGGCCGUGGUUCUUUUUCUGCAGGAAGAAUACGGGGAGGAGCAGAUUCUGCAGCUGCAUUGCACUCUGCAGAGGCCACCCUGGCGCCACCACCACACAGAGCGUGUCCCUGGCAAGUUCCUGCCCUACCUGCCCUGCAGCCAAGAUUUCUUCACGCUGGCCCCGGGGACCCCAUUGUGGGCCAUACGGCCAGUUCACUAUGGCAAGGAAAUCGUGCGUUUCACCAUCUACUGUCGCCACGACAACUACCCCGACAUCCUCAAGUUCUACCAGCUCAUCCUCCGGCGCAGCCCCAGCCAGAGGAAGGCCGACUUCUGCAUCUUCCCCGUUUUCUCCAACCUGGACGUGGAUAUCCAGUUUUCCCUGAAAAGGUUACCCCGCGACCAGACUCCAGUCCCCACGGACUCGUCCGUGCUAGAAUUCCGGGUCAAGGAUAUUGGGGAACUUGUGCCUCUCUUGCCCAACCCCUGCAGCCCCAUCAGUGAGGGGCGCUGGCAGACAGAGGAUCAUGAUGGGAACAAGAUCUUGCUGCAGGCACAGAGGGUGCACAGGAAGGGCUCUCAGCCUGGCCAAAUUCAUCUUGCCUCGGAGAAAAAGCCUCAUUCCCUGCCUUUCCUGAGUACCACUGCACCCCGUCAUCCACCUGGCCACAGCCAACAGCCCCUGCUGGACACUUCUCAAAUGGGGCUCCGCCCAACAAACCUGCCUCUGGGUCAGCAGCCAGAACUUGUGGGACCAGCUACUUGCCCUCCCAGCCUUCCCUGUUCUUUCCAGAGAAGCAAGUCCUUGUUUUCUUUGCCCAUUGGAGGCGCCUCACCUGCCUCCUCAUCUGUGCCCCGAUGGUUUUCAAACACAGAUACUCCUGUGCAGAGAGCAGUGGAUGGGGUCAUCCUGUCCAUCGAUGAUUUGGAGGGAGCCCAGGAGACAGACGUGGACACAGGCCUGCAGCUGUCUGCCUCUGACCUCUCUGUGGUCUCUGCAUAUUCGGCACCCAGCAGAUUCUACAAUGUCAGGGAAACAGCUCCACUCACCAGCAGCUAUAGCAACCUCUUGUGCCAGCGCAGGGGUUCCAAAGAAGGUCUGCACCACUUUGGGGGUGGGGUGUCCCCAGAUACCUCCAAGGCAGACAUUUCUUGGCUCACCAAAGAGCCUGCCAGCUCCUUGGUGACCAUCGUGGCCACCUCCCCAACUUCUGGUGUCUCCUCACCCCCAUUGACAUCCCCAGAGCAGUCUUGUCAAAGUCCCCAAGUCAAGAGAACUGGCAGAAAUGACACGCCACCAGCAACACUGUCUAGACUUGGGGACAAUAAUAAUGAAGAAUUCUACAUCUGAACAUCCUGGACAAUUGUUUCUCAAACACACAAACUCAGACACACAAGCUCAGGGCCUACCGCCCCCACCACAAUGACCCCAGGUUCGAAUAUCCCCAUGUCUACAACCAUGUACUGUCCUGAAUCAGUGUGGAAUCUGACCACCCCCAAGAUUGCUACUGCAUCUGUUGUAUCCUCAGGCCUACUGAAAGGUGAACUCAUUUUAAAUGUUGGGUGGAGAAAAAGUAGCACUUGCUUUAUGGAAAUAAAUUGUCCAUAAACUUAGGCCAUAAGGUAGAGU